GGCCAGCUUGCUUUAUUAUGCUUUCGUGCUUGCUUUCAUACAUGCCUUUGUUUUGUCUAGUUUUUUUGUUUCCACUCACCUCAAUCCUCAUUCAAUCUGUAAUUAUUCAACCAAAUCCACACAAUGUCGCUUUUGCUGUCGGGGCAGGGCGAAAAGGCCUCGCCGCUCCUCCGGACAGCACGCAAAUACUGCACACACGUCAGCUACGCGCUCGCGCUCGCAGGCUUCCUCUGGCUUCUGGCGCUGCCAUUGCAGACGCUGUCGCGGCGCACGUACUUUUCAGAAAACGCAAUGAUGCCGGGCCAAGUGGAGCUCAGCUUUGGCAGCGAAAAGCACAUCGAGGCAAUGAACAGCAUGAACCAGGCCGAGCAGCUCGGAGGCGAGCAAAGGGGCCGAGCGGUGAUGGCCGCCUUUGAGGGGCUCGGGCUGGACAGCGAAAUGCAGCGGUUUAAGCACAACGGGGUAUCAGGCAUUAACGUUCACGGGGUUGUGCGGGCGCCGCGCGGCGAUGGAGUCGAGGCGCUGGUGGUGGCUGCGGCGUGGGAGGCGGGCAACCGGACGAAUGCCGAUGCCGUGCGCCUGCUCGCAGGGCUGGCGCAGCACGCCAUUGAGCAGGUGAACUGGGCCAAGGACGUUGUUUUCCUGGUGACCGACUCUGGGGAAGGCGGCGUCGAGGCGUGGCUGCGCGCGUACCACGGCGAGGGCGGCGCCAUGUACGUCCGCUCGGGGCUGAUCCAGGCGGCCUUGGCUUUGGAGCUGCCGCCGAUGGAUGCGUGCGGCGGCCUGGCUCUGCACUUUGAGGGGCGUGGCGGCCAGCUGCCUAACCUCGAUCUGCUCAACAUUGUGCAGCACGUGGCGCGCAUCGAGAGAACCCCCGCCCGGCUGCACGCGCUGCCCGAUGCCCCGCGGCGCGCCUCCAGGUACACGCACUAUCUGCAGUCGGCGCGGCUGCUGCUGCGCCAGGUGCGCGCGCAGGCUGUGGGCUCAGCGGUCGGCGUGCAUGCGCCGUUUCUGCGCUACGGCAUCGAUGCGCUGACGCUCGUUGGCAUGGAGCGCGUGGGCGCGCGUGGCGGCGGCAAUAUUGUUUCUGUCGGCCGCACCGUCGAGGCAUCGCUGCGCAGCCUGAACAACCUGCUCGAGCGCUUCCACCAGUCGUUCUUCUUCUACCUCCUGCCGGCCAACGGUCUUUUUAUUUCCAUCGGAAAUUACGUGCCGGCCGCUGUGCUCUUUGCUGCUGCGCUCCUGGUCCACGCGAUGAACCUGUGGUGGCUGCAGGGCCCCGAGGAGUCGCGCUCGGAAGCGCCCCAGGCCCGCAUUCCGCGGAUAAACGCAUACCAUGCUUUUUUGCGCAGGUCGCUGCCCACGUCAGUUGGCCUCAUUGUGCGCGUCCACGCUCUGGCUGCUGCUCUCUUGGCUCUGCCCAUGCUCGUGCCGCAGGUCACAAUGACCGACUCCACAGCCACCGCCUAUCUCUUUACCAUGAGCUUGGCCUCCAUCUCGUUGGUGCUGCAUUUGUCCGAUGAGCUGCGGAGCCACGCGUGUUUGGCCGAUUGGCGCCAGCUCAAGGCAUUGGUGUGUAUCUACGUGGCCUGCGUGGUCGCUUGUCUUUCGGUGAUGAAUUUCAGCCUGGCCAUUACCAUGUUUGUUGUCAUUGGGCUCCCCCUGCUGUUCACUCGCUUGUCAGCCAGUCCCACGCGCGUGCAUCGGGCGUGCACUAUGCUGAUGCUGCUGGCGUUUUCCCCGCUUUCUGUGCUGAGUGUGUCGCGGUAUUUCUUGGCCUCGGGCGCGGUUGAUCAGAUGUCUAGUCCGUUCCGCAUGUUCCUUUCCGACUUUAACCAAUUUGGGAGCCCGGUGUAUGCGCUGAUAUGUCUCGUUUACUGGCCAAUCAAUAUGCUGUGCAUGGUUGUCACCUUGAUGCCCUGAGCAAAACAUUUAUUUCGCCAUUUCAAAGUUACUCAUAUCAAAAAAAAAUCUUAUCGAUAAUAUCGAGAUUAAUGUUAAUUCAACAUUUUUUGACCUCA